AUGGUCCUUGGCAACGCCCUGCUCGAGUCGCCUGUCGGUGAGGCUUCGCUCCUCGCGGCGUCCGCAAGCUGGGUGCCCCUGCACACCCCCGAGGGCAAGUGGCUGCUGUUGACGGGUGACGACCAGAAGGGGACCUUUUGCGUCUGGAGGGUCCCAAAGGCCUGGCACCCCUACAUGGCGAUCGGCAGGUCUCUUGCUGGCGCGCUUUUCGGGCGCCCUGAGCGGCAGGUGUACAUCGCGCCCGAGGUGAUGGCUAUGGGGUGGAUGCUGGCGGCCCCAAUAUUCCAGCACAUUCACUGCAGGCUGUGCCGCCUGCCGCCGCCCAGGGGCGCAGGGCUUCCGCCUGAGGCGGAGUGGCAGAAGGACGAGGCACGCCCCAUCGUCGAGCUGGGCAGCGGCUGCGAGGCUGGCUGGUGGCAGGUCUACAUCGACGACUUCGACGUGCCCGAGACCGUGGACGAGGUGCGGGCGCGACAGCUCGGGGGCACCGAGGCUCACCUGCGGGAGACGCGGGUUGAGCGCAUGGGCGCCGGCGUGGAUGGCGUCAGCGGGCGGCUUGCAGCGCCACGCCCCAAGUACAAUGCUGAGAUGGUCGAGGAGCUCUUCACGGGCCUCAUGCUGCUGCCUGCAGCGGCCACCUCUCUUCGGGCCCGCGUUGAGGGGAUGGUCACGGUCUCGGACGCAUCGGAGUUCGGGGGCGGCGUUUGUGCGUCCACGAGCCCUCGGGGGGAAGCGGCAUUGGCGCUCAAGUCCGUGAGACAGGUCGUUGAUCACCUCGGCGCGGGCACUCGGCUGCUCAACAUGCCUGUAGAACCGCGGUGCCCUUGGACCGUGUCUAACCCGAGGCUACCGAAGGCAGUCGUUUUCAAGGUGCUCACUGUCCUAGUCGGGGGGGGGCUCUUCGACGACGGCAUCGGCGGCCUCGCGGUGUCGCUCUCGAAAUUGCCCGCCAGGAUCGUCGCCGAUGUCACCGCCGAGACUGACGCGAAGGCCAGGCGCGUUGUCCAGCUGCGCUGGCCAGGCGCGAUCGGCGGGGGCGGCGUGGCGCGGGGGGGCGAGGGCCUGCUGCAGGACCUCUUUGACAUGUUCUCGGGCACUGUGGACGCGGCCGCCGCUGGCACGGGCGGCCCGCGCCAGGGCCUUUCGCGACUCGACGCGAGCGGUGGAGGACUGCAUGGCCGCAGGGGCUCCCUGUGCUACGAGGUGCCCUGGAGAUUCUGGCUCUUGCGGCAGACGUUCGGGCGGCGGUUCUACUCGCUGCUCGAGAACGCGGUGGCACCGCCGCUGCGCUUUGUCGACAAGGGCCGCUACCUCGAGGUCAUGGCAGACACCGGGCCGCUGCUGGACAUCGAGA